AUGGAGCAGCAGCGGCCAGUGAAGCAGUCCCUCAGCAAGUCCCUCUGCAGAGAAUCCCACUGGAAAUGCCUGCUCCUGUCCCUUCUCAUGUAUGGCUGCAUGGGAGCCAUGACCUGGUGCCAUGUGACCAAGGUCACCCGGCUGACCUUUGACAGCGCCUACAAGGGCAAGUCCUUGAUGUACCAUGACAGCCCCUGCUCCAAUGGCUAUGUCUACAUCCCCCUGGCCUUCCUGGUGAUGCUGUACGUGGUCUACCUGGUGGAAUGUUGGCACUGCUACACCCGCAACGAGCUCCAGUACAAGGUGGAUGUGGAAAGUGUACAUGAGCGCGUCCAGAGGAUGCAGCAAGCCACCCCAUGCAUCUGGUGGAAAGCCAUCAGCUACCACUAUGUUCGCAGGACCAGGCAGGUCACCCGCUACCGCAAUGGGGACGCCUAUACCACCACCCAAGUGUACCAUGAGAGAGUCAACACACAUGUGGCGGAGGCUGAGUUUGACUACUCCAACUGUGGGGUAAAGGACAUUUCUAAGGACCUAAUUGACCUGGAGAGCUACCCAGCCACACGGCUUCGCUUCACCAAGUGUUUUAGCUUUGCCAACGUGGAGUCUGAGAACUCCUACCUGACGCAACGAGCUCGCUUCUUCACUGAGAAUGAGGGGCUGGAUGACUACAUGGAGGCCAGGGAGGGGAUGCACCUCAAGAAUGUGGAAUUCAAGGAGUAUAUGGUGGCCUUUUCGGACCCGGAUAACCUGCCUUGGUAUGUGUCCCACUAUGUCUUCUGGGUGGCUGCCCUCCUGACCCUGUCCUGGCCCUUGCGGGUGCUGAAUGAGUACCGUACCUCCUACGUCCAUUACCAUGUGGAAAAGCUGUUUGGGUUUGACUUUGUGGCAGUGACACCAGCUGAGGAGCGCUCCUUCUGUCGCAGGAUGCCCCGCGUCAACACGGUGGACAGCACCGAACUGGAGUGGCACAUCCGGUCAAACCAGCAGCUGGUGCCUAGCUACUCAGAAGCUGUACUGAUGGACUUGGUGGGGCUCUCUAGCUGCACCAGUUACUCAGCCUGCAGAUAUGGGGGCUACCGGCAGAACUGCGAGCGGUGCCACAGGACUAUAAGCAGCUCUUCCAUCUUCUCCCGUAGCGCACUGAGCAUCUGCAACGGCAGCCCCAGGAUCCCCUUCAGCAGCAGCCGCUUCUCGCUGGGCCGCCUCUAUGGCUCACGGCGCAGCUGCCUCUGGCAGAGCCGCAGCGGGAGUCUGAAUGAGCAGAGCUGCCCAACGGAGCAGACCCGCCUCUCCAGCCAGGUCACCGUGGAAGAGGAGGACCCUCCCCCUUACCAGGAUGCCCUCUAUUUCCCCGUCCUCAUCGUGCAUCGCAACGAGGGCUGCCUCAACCAUGACCACCGCCACCUCCAUCGGAACGGGUCCUGUGUGGAGACCUCGCUGUGAGCGGGGAGGGCAGCCAGGUCUCCUUGCUGAGCACCACUGGGGGCCCACGUGUGGGCAGACGCAGGACGUAGGAAGGGAGGGGGCAAGCCAAGGAAACAAGGCUCUUGCUCCGUGCUUGGCAUGUGGGGCAGAGAGGUCUCUGCCUCUCAUUCCUGGAGCGAAGGUGCUCCACAUAGCUCCCAUGCCCUCUGGCAGCAAUGACGUCGUGGAAGAUGGGGUGACAGUAAGCUGGGCGAGCAAGAGCACCCCCUGUGGCCUGGCAUAAAACUACAGACCAGUUAUCACGCAAAAAAAAUAAAAUAACAACAACAACAGAAGAGGGGGAACGGAAAGACGGGACAGAAGUGGGGAGCAGCAUGCCCUGGUUCCCAGUGCAGCUGCUGGAGACCUAGGUUGGCUUGAGUAGGGCUCAGAGAGAAUGACACCACACAUCACCCUGCUGCAUCUCUGACCUCCGUCCCUGCCUCUUGCAGAGGCCAAGGGGACUGGGACUAGUGGAACAUUUCCUCUGGGACUGGUGUUUAGCUCCUAGCGUGCCAAAGAUCUUGGGGCAGCCAAGCCCAUGGAGCUGAUGGGCAGCUUAGAGGAGAUACUCAAAACCCUCAAGUCCAGAUCUUUCCCUCCCUCCCCCCAGCAUUUCUUUUUUUAUUUUAUUUUUUUUUAGACCAUGCUCCGACUGUUACACUGUUCUCAGCUGCUGGGAACAGCACCACCUCCAGAGGAUCCCAAGGCUAGAAAGCUUCAGCCCUGAAGCUUUGAGAGUCAGCAUCCCUUAGCCAGAGCUGAAAGCCUUCCAGGACUUUCCAUUCGGGCUUCCAGCAAGCAGAAAGCAACAGGGGACAUAGAAAGUAACAUCCAGACAUGGCCAAAUGCAGUCACGGCAUGAAGCCAGUAGGGCUGGCUGGAGAAAAGUCCCCCUGCAAGGCAAACUAAGGAGACGGUUGUGUGCUGGGCUCCUGGAACCAGGAUACCAGGAAGUACCAGGGGGGAGUUGGGAAGCUGGGGUCCUCUCAGCCUUGAAGUGAAUGAGGUCUGGUCCUAAUUAAUUCAGCCAAGCCAGGAGUUGGUGGUGGGAGGAGGAAGCUGAUAGGUUCAGCUGCAGAUCAUCUGUUAAUAAUAGAUGAGCAGGUUGGUGCCUCUUGCUUUGUUGUGAAGUGAAGUAAGCUGCGGUAAGAUGGGGGCUGGGUUUGGACUGGAGCUCUGAGGGCAGAGGGGAUAGGGGGUAGAUGGCUGUGUGGAGAUGCCCCAGAAUUUCUGAAGACCUUGGGUUCCACGUAGGUGAAGGGAAAGGGCUGCUACCAACAUGUAACAAUGCAAAGAGAUUCCAGCCUCCUUGCUCCUCUUGUGUCCCACACCCCUUGCUGAAACGUUCAUAUUGGCGCAUCAGUGUUUCUACUUUGGGUUCCUUGAAGUUACCUUCAGACAGCCUCUAAAGGCCUAGAAGUGCCAAUUUCAAAUGUAAGCAUACUGAGAAACUCCUGAAGCAGUCAUGAAAAGGACAUUUUCCUUCCUGUUUCCUCUUCAUAUGAGUAGAGCUGCUGUUUCCUUUCUUCAGCUGCACUGCCUGGAGUGGGCCACUUCACAUGCUGUGGAAUGUGCCUCCCAUGUGGUCCUAGCAGCUCGUGCAGCUUGUAGACUCGCAUAAUGCUGGACCAUAGAGUCCCAGUGGAUUUAUGAGGCAGAAAGCUCUCAUGAUAACCUGAAAUUUUGAAAAGCCCUGAAAUGCUUAACAAACCUAGGCAUAACGAGAGAAAAAAACCCAACCUCAUUAUGCUGAAAUAGCUAAAUUAGGGGGGAAAUUACCUGACAGACCCUAAAAUACCCCAGAUCAGUGAGGUAACAUACCUGGAAAUGGAAAUGGAGUUCAAUAUGAGGAGUGGUGGCAUGAGUUUGCCCUUAAGGUCCCAAUCUUGCAGUUGGAUCUAGGUGGGCAGAGCCCUGUUGAUUUACCAGGCUCUGCCUGUACAGUCCAAGAGCAGGGUUUCUGUCCUAAAUGGGUCACUCUCUUUAAAUUGCUCCCCCUCAGCUAGUGCCCAUGGGCAUCACCUCCUGCUAGGCUGAGUUUGUGGACAAGGCCGUUCAGGGGCCCGCUCUGCCAACUCUUGGUGCUGAACCCAAGCCUGAUGGACACAAGUGACCAUGUGAAAUCAGUGCUGCUCCCCUCAUGAGCAGUGGCGCAGGAUUGGGCUCUCGGUGCAGAAUAGGGAUGGCCAGGUGGGACAUUUUUCUUUCAAGCUGAGCUGAAUCAAAACAAAUGGUUCAUGUGGGGAGACAUUGAAGAAAGCUCUGACCCAAUGUGUGGCUGCCCUUGUUGCCUCCAUCUCUUGUUCACACCUUCCCUUGUCAAGUGCAUCAGAAGACAGGGUUUGGAUACCUGCAAGUGACCAUUGCUGCUUCCUUCGCCUGCAUGUCACAUACCACACCACUCCCUGUCCCGUACCCCCUUCCUCAUACAGAGGUGAAUCCCUUCCUCACACAGAGGUAGCCUAUGAAGCUCCUUGAGUGAUGAAGGCUGUGCAAGGUGAGCCUUGUGAAUACUCAGGAGGGUGAAAGGAGAUGUAGUCAAGGCUGAAGGGUAUGUUCUGUAGAGACCUUUCAAAAUAAAGUUCCACCAGCUCUGUCCUCGCUUUGCUGUGGGUAUCUCUACCCUGUGGAGAGGAUGGAUUAGCCCACAUAGAGCUCUGUGCUGCCAGGCCUGGACUGAUUCCAGUACCACAGGGAGCUUGCUUAAAGCCAGCUUGGGUACCUCUGUGCAAACCAACCCAGUGUUUCCUUCUCAGUCAGAAGCUUCCCAGGCCUCUUUAGCCCACUAUAAUCCCUCUCCUGUUUUCUAGAUGCUCUUUUCCCAGUCAAUCAACUGUUUUUUCCCUUGUUGGAGGCCCUAAUCCUCCCUAGCCCUUGUUGCCCACCAGCUUGUCUCCAUUCCCCUCACCCAUCCCAACACAGGAUGUGACCUGUAGUAAAUAUCAUCUCCAGCUGGCAGCAGGCUGAAAACCCAAGCAGCAGCACAGACCUCUAGCACUUGUGCUAAAGGAUUAACAUAAUUAGCUGGCCACAGCAGCAGGUAUAUAUCCCUGCUGGUGUGGGUCAGGUGUGAAGAUGAAGGGGACAGGUAGAACAGUAGAGUACACCAUAGUUAGUCCAACCAGACUUUCCUUUGCUAACUUAUUAGUUAGAGGGUCUGUAUCUGCAGGGAAUGCUGUUAGGUUGCUUCACCUAGUAGAUCAGAGAGAGGUAGUUACCCAUGUUAAUCUAAAAUCAGGCAAAAGGCAGGGUGGGGUGGCACUUUAGAGACUAACUCAGUUAGAAACCCUCUUCUGCAUUCUGCUAGAUCAGAGGCAGCUUUGUCCUUCCUCCCCAGCCUUUCUGGAUAAUAGCUAUUUUAGGGAACUGUUCUCCAAGAAAAGUCAGUACAUCAUCUGUUUCUUCACUAAACAAGGAGACCUCUUGUUUAUAAAGCAGAUGUCUGUCACUUUGUUACUAGCUGAACCACCUUAUUGACUUCUCUCCUCUGCCCAGGAGGUUUGUGCUCAUCUCUGCUCUUCACUCCUUGAAAUUAGCUUGUUUGGUUUCACUUGGUGUCAGUUUUGUUUCUGGUUCUCAGGCAGUAGAUUCAGAGAAAAGACUGUUUGAACCGAAACAUUUCUUAAAGGCUUACCCUCAAUUUUGUUAAGAUUUUUGUCUUGUUAACUGCCCUACCCCCUAGUACGGGGCAGGCCUAUAUCCCAGGCUUUCAUUCCAGUGCCCCCAACACAUCUGGUGGGUGCAGAUUACCAUUUCCUGGGACACCCUCUUUCACUGUUCAUGCUGUGUUGUCUGCAGGCUAUUUAACCCUGCCUUGGUGGAAGGGGAUGCUAUGCCAUUGAUGCCAGUGGAGGCAGCAGUGUAGCAAUGUGGCUGGGUGUCCUCACUACAGGGACAGAGGUGGCUUCUGGUUGCCAAUGCAGUUGUGAAUAUGCACCUGCUGGCAGCAACUAUUUUUAUGCUCCCCCACACAAGUUGGCACCUAGGGUGGUUGCCCCAGUAACUACAUCCUAGUUACACCACUCAGUGGAGUUGUCUUCCUUAUGCCUGUUGGAUUUAGUUUGCUGUGCUCUGUU